AUGCGAAACCGGAAUCUAUUAAUAGUUCUUCUCACACUUACCGACUUCUUUCUCUACGUUUGUGAAGCUGUUAAAGGAUGUGUGACGUUUGUUGAUGGUGAUGACUACAAUGCGCGACACAGUAUUUGCGACAAGACUGACACCCACUUCACCCGAAUCCCGGAAACUUUGCCGAAGGAGGUUGUGAAACUAACUGUAAAUAAUCAGAAUAUUCCUGUGCUGGAAGGGCAACAGCUGAUUCACCUCCCUAACCUUACUCAUCUCAAUCUGGACUCUAAUCACCUCAGAAUCAUUCGCCGUGACGCCUUCCACAGUGUUCCCUUUCUACGCUCCCUCAGUUUACGCAACAAUCAACUUACCCUGUCUGCUCAGUCAUUUAACCCCGGUGCCCUGAUUGACAUGACUUAUCUCGAGGAAUUAAAUCUCAUGAAAAACCCACUGGGAAGAGUCCCUUCGCACUUCUUCUACCCCGUGAGGAAGUCUCUCAAGACCCUCGUACUUGCAGGUGCAACACAGGACUUUAAUCUGAAUUUAGAGUCCCUGGAGGGUUUGUUUGAAAUUGAGUUUAUAGAUAUUUCUUACAACCGUCUCCACACUCUUAGUGACGCCUUUGGCGGUCUGUUUUCAACUAUGAAACUAAAGAAACUGUAUUUAUUUGGCAAUCCAUGGCACUGUGACUGUUCCCUGAGGUGGCUUCGUCAGUGGGCGCAGGAACACAAUGAGACUCAAUUCUACGUUGACCUAAGGCAAACAGAGUUGGCUCAUUUGAUCGAUAUGGGACGGAUGGACGGAAAUCCUGAAGUGCUUAGCAUGGAAACUACAGAUCAGCCCAGGUGCGAAACGCCAGCCCACCUCUCCGGUAGGCCUUUCUUCCCCAUACCUGGAUUGCCCAAUAAUCCUGUCAUGCCCUACGAAAUGGCAUGUCCCCCAAAACCACUGUCAAAGAGUUCUAACAUCAGAGCCAAGGUCGGUGAGAAUGUGACUGUGUCUUGCAUUUUUGAGGCCUCGUCAGUUGAUGAAAUUUUUUGGUACAAGAAUGGUUAUCCUCUGUCCUCCUCGCACAAUGUACGAGCACGACAAGCUCAGGGAAACAAAUUUUUUGUGGACCUUGUCUUUCAAAAGCUUCAGCAGUCUGAUGUUGGUACGUACGUGUGUUUGAUAAAGAAUGGAUUCGGAAAAGCCAACGCCACAGUGACCUUGACAUUGUCCGACGUCUCCUGGUUGGAUGGCUUGCAGAGUGAUGCCAGUGCUUCGGUAGGCGGCUGGAUUUCUAAAUUCGACACCAAUGUGGUUCUCAAGUACACAGCUAUUGUAGCGGUUGGAUUAGUUACCCUGCUUGUGAUUAUAGGCACUCUGAGUUAUUGCCUCUUCGGCCGGCUCUGCAGACGGUUGAAACCGAGGCAGACGCCAAGAGCUGCUGCCAACGCACGCGAGAAGUACUCACUUCACGAAUCUCCUAUUAACAGAAUGCAGUUGACAACGAACAGGCGUGACAGCUAUUCGACUGCACCUAAACUGAGUGUAGAAAAUGGAACCCUGCGGAGCAAUGAUGGGAGACAUCAGCCCUGCAUCCUGCGCUUCCAAGACAGUCAUCCGGUCUACACCACAGCCAACUCGGAAAAAAAGGAAGUCGACAUUUUAAACUGUCCGAUUCAUGGUCACUCUGGAUCUUCCCCGGCAGUUUUGCCCGCACCUGAUUCGGCUCUCACGGAGACACCAUUCGAUGAUCCCUACACCCAGUUUGAAACGCUUGAGAUAAGCGCCUACACAGAUCGCUCCGCAGGUCAUGCUACCUCACCGGACAAGGAUGACUUCAACCUCCAGUGUCCUGACUACGGUGUCAAGUUACUGACCCUGAAGGAAUCCACUCACAGUGGCCAACUGCUGGGUCCCACUCUCCAUCCUCUCCACUCUGUAAAAUCCCCGGCGCAGGCUCCGCCACCUCCAGUCAUGCUCAUUGAGGGUCUACCCAGUCGGUUAGAGACCCCUGUCACGGCACGCGCAGUGGUUUCCCCCUUGGAUCGGGAAUCCACUCUGGGCGGCACUACGGUCCGCAGCGUACAGACCAUUAGGCUAGCCCCAGCGCUGGGGACUACGAGCCACAGACUAGGUGACGGCGCUCCCCGCAGUGGCUCACUAAAAUCUAAUCACAAGUCAACCGCCGCCACAGGGACUUCGACAACCAAGCGUGUUGAAUUUGCAGAGCCGGAUCAACCAGGUUUCAUUACCACAGUGUGA